AUGCUUCUCUACUUUCUCAUCUCCUGUCUCUCCUUCUUUUUCCUGUCCAAAUCUCUAUCUCUUCCUCCAUGGGCAUCUGAAACCAAAACCUUGCUCUCUUUCUACUUCUCCAAGAACCCCUUCAUUAACACUUCCCAUCCAACCAAACCUGAUCCAGUCUCUCCUGUGCUUGACCAAAUGUCAGUCCUUGACCUCCCUGACCUUGCCCUUGACUGCAUUCUAGACCGUCUUCCACCUUCUGGGCUCUGUAGCAUGGCUAGGGUUUGUAGCUCCAUGAGAGAGAGAUGCGUGAGUGAUCAUCUAUGGGAGAAACACCUGAUGACCAAAUGGGGAAAGAUCCUUGGCCCUGCUGCUCAUAGAGAGUGGAAGUGCUUUCUCUCUUCCUCGCAUGAUCUUGACUCUCCUCGUCACCAAACUGGUCAUCCUUGUGCCAAAAUCAUCUCUUUGAUCCGAUCUCUUUCCUCUGUUUUCCGAGCUGAUAAGAAACAGAGGAAGAGUUGUUCACAAUCUUCUCUGCCACUUGAUUCCACCAUGAGCUGCUUCCUCUCUCUUGAAACUGGUCGUUUUUGGUUCCCAGCUCAAGUUUACAACCGUGAGAAUGGGCAUGUAGGGUUCAUGUUGUCAUGCUAUGAUGCGGAGCUCAGCUAUGAUACUCCCACUGAUACGUUUCAAGCCAGGUAUCCACCACAUGGUAGAAGAGCAGUUGCGAUUGAAAAGGGUGUGACAUGGGAGAGGCUAAGAGCAGCUCCUAUUGAUGCAUCUCCUCAUCAUCUUUAUGAGUCAGAUUCUCUAAAAGAGUUGAAACCUGGAGAUCACAUUGAGAUUCAAUGGAGAAGGAACAAAGAGUUCCCUUAUGGAUGGUGGUAUGGUAUUGUUGGCCAUUUGGAAUCCUGUGAUGGGAAUCUCAACCAUUGUCAUUGCCAUCUUAGUGAGAUGGUAGUGUUGGAAUUCAACCAGUACACAGUGGGAUCGAGGUGGAGAAGAACGAUGGUCAACAGGAGAGAUCAUAGAGAGGAAGGUAGCGAAGAAGACGGGUUCUAUGGAGGAAUCAGAAAGCUAAAUUGUAAAGAAGAGAUUGCAAUGUGGACACGUCUCUGGCCAUCCUCCAUCUUAGAAUAG